GGCCAGCCGCCAUCCGUGCCAGCGAGACCCCGGCCUCACCAGGGGAGUCGGGCGCUGCUGGUCGCCACGCCCCCGCGGAGCGCGUUUGCCCGACGCUGGGCCCGGUGCCCGCCUGCGCCGCGGAGGAGGAGGACGGCGAGGCGCAGGUGCUCGCGCUGCGCGCGCACGUGAGGGAAUUUGUCCUGGACCUCGUGCAGGGCAUGGCGCUCUCGGUAGUCGUCGAGGAUUCCCUGGCGCCCUUGUGCGGCCGCAGGCUCUCGCUGGCCACGACGUUCACCCACUUCCGCCUGGAGGCUGCCGGCACGGGCUACGACAUCCCCAUCAGGAGACCGUGAAGCGGGCCUGCCCCGGCCCCCUUGCCGCAGGCGUGGGGGCGCCGGCGCACCUGGACGAGCUGUGUAACACCCUGAUCCUCAGCAACGGCGAGUGCGUCAGUUUCCGCUUCAGCGACCUGAGGAAGAGGGACGAGUUCACCAAGUGCAUCAAUUUGCUCGUCACCUGCACGGAUGUCUGAGCAGCUUCUUUGGCCAGCGCUGCGGUGCUCCUCUCUAGCCCACCCAGUCCCACGACCUCUCAGACUAUAGCUAGAGGGACUCGUCAAAGCGCUUUCAGAUAUUUGAUGAGCAAUGCUCUGAAGCAGCUGUCACAUACCUCGUAGACCAGCCUGCGGGUGAUAAGGAGGUCGGGGGAGGGAAUGGGCGCAGCUUUCGGUUUUCGAUUGGCGUCCGAUCGGAUUCGCAGGCCAUAUCGACCUUGUUACCUACCGGCGCCAGUGCCUACCUGUCGAUCUCACUAUUAAGCGAAUUUAUGUGGACCUCACUAUCCAGCUGCAUGCGGCCAGCGCCACCACUGUUCCAGCCCAGCACCUCGAGCGGAGUCCGG